AUGAAGCCGAUCAAGUUAGGUAGCAGCUUCUCCCUUGUUGCGUCGGUGUUGGCGAGAAAUGUUCAUGCCCAAUGUCAAGGCGCCGAGGUGAUAACUCGCGACAUCGCCAUCGUCGGCGGAGGUGCGACAGGCACCUAUGCGGCUAUCAACCUAAAAGACCAGGGCAAGUCAAUUAUCGUCAUCGAGAAACGGGGGGCGUUAGGCGGUCACACCUCCACGUACCACGACCCUACAACAGGAACCCCUAUCAAUUACGGCCUGCAACUGUACCAUGAUGAUGAGGUCUCCCGCUCCUUUUUCGCUCUUCUCAAUAUAACUGUCAGCGGAGGCACAUUCCCCAUCAGCAAGAUUCCGCUAUAUAUCGACUUCACGGAUGGCUCACCUGUUUUAAACUACUCCAUCCCUCCUCUCAAUGAAGACUACUUCCAGGCACUCCACAAGUACCCUUAUCUUGAAAAUGGCCUCGAGCUGCCCGACCCAGUGCCUGAGGAGUUACUCCUGACCUGGGCUGAGUACAUGGAACAGUUCAAUCUUACCGAUGAUGCUAUCGCCACGUACUCUAGGCCGGCCGUCCCCGGUGAUUUAACUAAGAUCCUCGCCUUAUAUGUCUUCAAUAAUCUCAACACGGUCAUGCUGGAAGAAGAGCUCGAGGGCAAGAUCAUUGUCAAUGCCAAUGGCGAUUUGGCUGAGCCUUAUAGUAACGCCCUAGCCGAGCUCGGUUCUGAUGUUCUUCUUAACUCUGUCGUGACCGACGGCCAACGAGGCAGCAAGCCCGCCGACGGGGUGAGGCUCUGCGUAUCGACCCCCGAAGGUAGCAAACGUGUCAUCGCCAAACAGCUGGUGUUUUCGGCACCACCCGUGCUGGAGAACCUAGAGCCAUUCGGCCUAGAUGAGCGGGAAACGAACAUCAUAUCGCAGUUCGAGGGGGGAUUCUACUACACAGGAGUUGUUACAAACUUGGGGCUACCGACGAAUUAUAGCUACGUGAACCGGGGACAGAAGACACAGUCCCACGUGGCGAGCUUACCGGGAGUCGUAAUGUUCAACCCUACAAACGUAGAGGGGACGUAUUACUACUGGUAUACAUCCCUCUCGGACCUGACGAAGGAGCAAGUGGAGACGGAGACGCGCGACACGCUCAAGCUCCUGCAGAAGACGGUAGCGGGUGCAGAUGCGAAUGCCGAGCCGCAGUUCGUAGCUUAUAAGAGCCACACACCGCUGCACCCGACUGCUAGCGCGGACGCUAUUCGUAAGGGUAUCUACCGCGACAUAUACUCCUUGCAGGGCUACCGCAACACUUGGUACACCGGUUCACUCUUAGUUACCGGGUCUUCCCAGCUAUGGAACAUUACCAGCCAGCUUCUUCCGAGGAUUAUUGCUGCUUCAGAACAGUAG